UCCGGAGUUGCACAACGGAAAACAAGCGCCGGGAAAAUCGUGUGUAUAUGGAAUCGAUCGGAUAGAUUUUGUGGCCACCAAUCGAAGAGCGGUAGAUGCGGGACGAAAUGGAAGUACCGAUGGAAGUGUUCGUCUACAAGGGUGAAUGGGGACUACCUUCGAUCGACUACGAGUGCAGCCGGUUGCUGACCUACCUCAAGUUCGCCGGUGCCAGCGGGAAGGUGAUCGUGCACUAUAAUGGUAACCCAUUCAGCUCGCCCAACGGCUUGCUACCGUACCUGAUAGCCGAUGGAAGGACGAAGAUUGCCGGCUAUGGUCCCAUCGUUGAAUAUCUGACUGCGCACGGAAUCGCACCACUCGGUAACGGACGGGAAGGUGGUGAUUUUAGCAAUUCCACCCUCAUAUCCGGCCAUAUCCAGUAUGUGGUAGAGAACAUGCAUCCCUACUUUAUGUACUCGCUCUGGGGCGAUCCAAAGAACGUCGAUACGACCCGGACGCUUUAUGCCAAACGCAUUCCGGUUCCAUUCAAUUUUUACUGCCCACGGAAGUAUGUGCAUCGGACGAACGAUCUCACGCAAUCGUUGGCCGGCUUUACACUAGAAGAUUCGCUCGAAUUUCACGAUGUGUCCGAGCUCGCAGAUAAUGCAAGACGCUGCCUUAACUGGAUCGCAGAAAAGCUGCAGGAUAAUCGUUGGUUUUUGGGCAACGAACGCCCCUCGGAAGUGGAUGCCCUGCUGUACGGCUAUCUGUCUGUGUUAUCGAAGCUUACACUGCCAAACAAUGCACUGCAGAACCACAUACGCCAGUGUCCGAAGCUGGUGCAGUUUGUCGAUCGAACGACUGCGACGUACUUUGCGAAGGAAGGCUUCAACAGCUUUACGGCGAAUGGCGGAACCGGACAACAGCAGCAGCAACACAAGCAACAGCAACAGAAUGAUUCAUCCAACAAAAGCUCGCCAAACGAGCCAUCGUCUUCGUCCUCCUCUUCCUCGAAAAGUGGAGAAGGAUCAUCGAAGGGGAAGGGCCCUUCAGGGGAGCAACCGUUUUAUAAUGGCCAGCAGCAGGAUCCCGAUGAUGGGCCUAAAGAGCGAAGAAAGAGAUACAUACUAUCCGGUCUAGUAGCGAGUGUGGCGAUGAUCGGAUACGCGAUCCUUAAUGGUAUUCUAACGCUCCCAAGUGAAGGAAACUACGGGAACUUCAUCCAGUACGAUGACUCGGGCGAUUACGACGAGGAUGAUAAUUAAGUUGCUAUUGCUGGCUGGCCACGAUCAGUGACGAUCGAAGUGAAGUGAAGGAAACCAAAUUCGCCAUUACAGCAGACUGUGACGGACAUUCGCUUUAUUGGGAAUUCAUUAAACAUUAAUGUAAUAGUAAAUAUAGUAAAUUUA